GCAGGGGGAGGGUAGUCAAACCUUCCAUGAUUGAAUCGUGAGCACUGGUUUGUGGUAUGAUGCUGGAAAAAUGCUGCUUGUUAUGCCUUUCAUGGCUAACAAUUUUGGUCAAGCAGAUUCCUGACUGUGCAUCGACCCUCUCCUUGAAGCGAGGCGGGCCUUUCGAUCGCUCUGCUCUCCUGAAUGAGGACUUCAUCGCUAAUCAGAGGGCUGUCAUUCUCCUUUGAUGCAAAUGAAACACAAGAGCUUGCAGAUGAGGUACUGAGCGUAAGCCAAGAAUUCAUUGCCCCAUCCAGUAUUUCGUUUCACCACCUUUCUGGCUGAGUCAGCCUACCUGAGGUUUGAACCGUGCCUUUUUUGGUGGGUUUUGUGGUUUUGUUGGUUUGGUUGGUUCGGUUUCGUUCUCUGGCCGGUUCAAUUCUCCUUCUUUACUAGCUUAAGGUGACUUGUGCAUAACCUGCACACACAGCGCCUCGACUCGUGCAAAAAAAAUCUUUCAGCUCCAGGGAGUGGGGAAGACCAUGGUCCCGGUCUUACACGCUGUCACCCGCCCAGCUUCGCGCCUCGGACGAUGGCUCUUUCGUGGGAUGCGGUUAGAGAGCACGGCUGGCUCCAUUCGUUCAGUACUGGGGCAAACCAGCAUCGAAAAGAGAGCGACAUCGCUGUCCCCCUUCAGUACUAGUACCUCUCAGAUCGAUCCUUUCGUCGCAGUGUGGAAAACAGACCGACCACCGACCCUCCGCGCGCGCUGCUUUCGCGUUGUUUCGCCGUGCAGCGGCUGAAGCAGUCGGUGGAAGCUGUCGAUGGAAGGUUGGUCAAAGCGGUCGGGAUCCUGUUGUGUGGCUGAUAGCACUGUCUGAAGACAACAAAACAUGCCAGAAUCGGCCUGAGGAUCAAUUUUGUCAUGGUCCUGAUGGUGGGCAUCUUGGCUUCUUUCCAUGCAUACUCGGUCUUUCCCAUUGCCGAGAAUAGUGGCAGCUUCGCCAACGUCUUGAACGGCUUUCUGAAGAUUUUCCGCUUGGAACUCCUGGGCGACUUCGAAUUAGCUGAGCUUGAAGGCUUGGAUGAGCAGGUGAAAGGCAAAUUCAAACAUGGUGUCUUCGAAGGUGAGACAGGAAAUUUCAACCAUGAGAAGUUCCACACCUGGCUUUGUAUGGAGCUGUGGCAGCAAAGGUUGGACCAAUCUCCAGCAUUAAGCUGACAAUCCCGGCAUGCCCCUAUUGCUGUUUGGUGCUUAUUUUUCCCCAAAGGAGGGGUGCAUCCCAUUUCACGGGCACCAAGUGGUUCUGGGAAGUUGCGAAGAAACCACCAGGUUGGACAUGGUUCUCGUGAAAGCCUCGUUCGGGAUUGCUUCGUUCGAUCCCUCAGCCGGUGCAUCGUGGUUCGGUUCGUCUUCUCCGUGUCACGAGGAGUUCAUGGCCAUGAGCAUCGUGUUCACUGUGGCGAUGAAUGUCUACAUCGGCCUCUUGUCAGAGCUUUACGACAAGGCGGUCGAACGGAAGAAUGGGCUCUACAACCACUGGUUGGCUUCGACGGCCUAUCGCUUUUUAUGCCGCAGCGUGUGUUUAUGUCGCUUUGGUCGGUGUGUGCCCGAGGACAAAGGGCCUGGGCAGCACCAAUCUGGGCUCAUGUGGUUUGCAUAUGAAGAGGAUCAUUUGCUUGACGUGGCCACUUGAUUUCAACAUCAGGUGCCCCCUGA